AUGAGUUUGCGUACUGUUUCCUCAAAGUUAACUCAAAGAGUUGUAUUGGCUAAUACUAUUUCACGUACUAGUAUGUGUGCUGGUAUCCGUUACAUGUCUACCCCUACACAAACGCCUCAAGAGCCUAAAGCAAAGGCUCAAUCUAUUAUCGAUGCUAUGCCAGGUAACAGUGUUCUAUCCAAGACUGGUAUUUUAGGUACAUCUGCAGCAGCAGCUGUCUAUGCUAUUUCUAACGAACUUUACGUUAUCAAUGAAGAAUCUAUUCUACUUUUAACCUUCCUAGGUGUUGUUGGUAUUCUAGCCAAAUUUGUUGCUCCAUUUUACAAUACCUGGGCUGAUGAAAGAUUAAAAAAGGUUUCUGGAAUUUUGAAUGCCUCUAGAGAAAGACAUGUCGACGCUGUUAAGCAAAGAAUUGAUUCCGUUUCCCAAUUACAAAACGUCUCCCAAACAACAAAAGUUCUUUUCGAUGUUUCCAAGGAGACUGUUGAACUGGAAGCCAAGGCUUUUGAAUUAAAGCAAAAGGUCGAAUUAGCUCAACAUGCCAAGUCUGUCUUGGAUUCCUGGGUUAGAUACGAAGCCUCUCUGCGUCAAUUACAACAGCAAAAAAUUGCUGAAUCUAUUAUUAGUAAGGUAAACUCUGAAUUGGGAAAUCCAAAGUUCCAAGAAAAGGUUUUGCAACAAUCUGUUGCAGAUGUUGAAAAAUUAUUCGCCAGUCUAAAAUAA